UUUUUUUUUUAUCAGAACAAUGCCGCAAAAAAAGAAGAGUCAGAAACUACAAACAAAACUGAGCCUUCCAAGAAGCUGUCUGUGGAGAGAGUGUAUCAGAAGAAGACGCAGCUGGAGCACAUCCUCCUCCGUCCUGACACGUAUAUCGGAUCAGUGGAGCCAUUGACUCAGCUUAUGUGGGUGUAUGAUGAUGACGUAGGAAUGAAUUGUAGAGAGGUUACCUUUGUGCCCGGUUUAUACAAGAUUUUUGAUGAAAUUUUGGUUAAUGCAGCUGACAAUAAACAGCGGGAUAAGAACAUGACCUGUAUUAAAGUUUCUAUUGAUCCCGAAUCUAAUAUUAUAAGCAUUUGGAAUAAUGGGAAAGGCAUACCAGUAGUAGAACAUAAAGUAGAGAAAGUGUAUGUUCCUGCUUUAAUUUUCGGACAACUUUUAACAUCCAGUAAUUAUGACGAUGAUGAGAAAAAAGUUACAGGUGGCCGUAAUGGCUAUGGUGCAAAACUUUGUAAUAUUUUCAGUACAAAGUUUACAGUUGAAACAGCCUGCAAAGAAUAUAAACAUAGUUUUAAACAGACAUGGAUGAAUAAUAUGAUGAAGACUUCGGAAGCCAAAAUUAAACAUUUUGAUGGUGAGGAUUACACAUGUAUAACAUUCCAACCAGAUCUGUCCAAAUUUAAGAUGGAAAAACUUGAUAAGGAUAUUGUGGCUCUUAUGACCAGAAGAGCCUAUGACCUGGCAGGUUCCUGCAAAGGGGUCAAAGUCAUGUUCAAUGGAAAGAAACUGCCUGUAAAUGGAUUUCGCAGUUAUGUAGACCUUUAUGUGAAAGACAAAUUGGAUGAAACUGGAGUGGCCCUGAAGGUCAUUCAUGAGCUUGCAAAUGAAAGAUGGGAUGUUUGUCUUACUCUGAGUGAAAAAGGAUUCCAGCAAAUCAGCUUUGUAAAUAGCAUUGCAACUACAAAAGGCGGACGACACGUUGAUUAUGUAGUUGAUCAAGUUGUUGGUAAACUGAUUGAAGUAGUGAAGAAAAAGAACAAAGCUGGGGUAUCAGUGAAACCAUUUCAAGUCAAAAACCACAUAUGGGUUUUUAUUAACUGCCUUAUUGAAAACCCAACUUUUGAUUCUCAGACUAAGGAAAACAUGACUUUACAGCCCAAAAGUUUUGGGUCCAAAUGCCAACUAUCAGAAAAAUUUUUUAAAGCAGCUUCUAACUGUGGCAUUGUGGAAAGUAUCUUGAACUGGGUGAAAUUUAAGGCUCAGACUCAGCUGAACAAGAAGUGUUCAUCAGUCAAGUACAGUAAAAUCAAAGGUAUUCCUAAACUGGAUGAUGCUAAUGAUGCUGGUGGCAAACAUUCCCUGGAAUGCACACUGAUACUAACAGAAGGAGAUUCGGCCAAAUCGCUGGCCGUGUCCGGCUUAGGAGUGAUCGGGAGAGACAGAUACGGAGUCUUUCCACUCAGGGGUAAAAUUCUUAAUGUGCGGGAAGCUUCUCAUAAACAGAUCAUGGAAAAUGCAGAAAUAAACAAUAUUAUUAAAAUCGUCGGCCUUCAAUACAAGAAAAGCUAUGAUGACGCAGAGUCUCUGAAAACCUUACGUUAUGGGAAGAUUAUGAUUAUGACCGAUCAGGAUCAAGACGGAUCUCACAUAAAAGGCCUGCUCAUCAAUUUCAUCCAUCACAAUUGGCCGUCCCUUCUGAAGCAUGGUUUUCUCGAAGAGUUCAUCACCCCUAUUGUCAAGGCGAGCAAAAAUAAGCAGGAACUUUCCUUCUACAGUAUUCCUGAAUUUGAUGAGUGGAAAAAACAUAUAGAAAACCAGAAGGCUUGGAAAAUAAAAUACUACAAAGGGUUGGGGACCAGUACAGCUAAAGAAGCCAAGGAAUAUUUUGCGGAUAUGGAAAGGCAUCGCAUCUUGUUCAGAUAUGCUGGUCCUGAAGACGAUGCUGCCAUUACCUUGGCAUUCAGUAAGAAGAAGGUUGAUGAUAGAAAAGAGUGGUUGACAAACUUCAUGGAAGAUCGCAGACAGCGUAGGUUACAUGGCCUGCCUGAGCAAUUUUUAUAUGGAACUGCGACCAAACAUCUGACAUACAAUGACUUCAUCAACAAGGAACUGAUUCUCUUCUCAAACUCAGACAAUGAAAGAUCAAUACCAUCCCUUGUUGAUGGCUUUAAACCAGGGCAGCGGAAAGUAUUGUUUACUUGUUUCAAAAGAAAUGAUAAGCGUGAAGUGAAGGUUGCCCAGUUGGCUGGCUCGGUCGCUGAAAUGUCGGCUUAUCAUCAUGGAGAACAAGCACUAAUGAUGACUAUUGUGAACUUGGCUCAGAACUUUGUGGGCAGUAACAACAUUAACUUACUUCAGCCCAUUGGACAGUUUGGGACUCGGCUUCAUGGCGGCAAAGACGCUGCAAGCCCUCGUUACAUUUUCACAAUGUUAAGCUCUUUAGCCAGACUGCUUUUCCCCAGCAUGGAUGACAACCUGCUUAAGUUCCUUUAUGAUGAUAAUCAGCGAGUCGAGCCCGAGUGGUACAUUCCCAUCAUCCCUAUGGUUUUAAUAAACGGUGCUGAGGGCAUCGGUACCGGGUGGGCUUGCAAGCUCCCCAAUUAUGAUGCGAGGGAGAUCGUGAACAACGUCCGACGCAUGCUGGACGGCUUGGAUCCGCAUCCCAUGCUUCCAAACUACAAAAACUUUAAAGGGACGAUUCAAGAACUUGGUCAAAAUCAAUAUGCAGUCAGUGGUGAAAUAUUUGUGGUGGAUAGAAACACAGUCGAGAUUACAGAGCUUCCAGUUAGAACCUGGACACAGGUGUACAAAGAACAAGUUUUAGAACCCAUGCUAAAUGGGACAGAUAAAACACCAGCAUUAAUUUCUGAUUAUAAAGAGUAUCAUACUGAUACGACGGUGAAAUUUGUGGUGAAAAUGACCGAAGAGAAGCUUGCCCAAGCAGAAGCUGCUGGACUGCAUAAAGUUUUCAAACUUCAGACUACUCUUACUUGUAAUUCCAUGGUACUCUUUGAUCAUAUGGGAUGUCUAAAGAAAUAUGAGACUGUGCAAGACAUUUUGAAAGAAUUCUUUGAUUUACGAUUAAGUUAUUAUGGUUUAAGGAAGGAGUGGCUUGUGGGAAUGUUGGGAGCUGAGUCUGCAAAGCUUAACAAUCAAGCCCGUUUCAUUUUAGAGAAGAUACAAGGGAAAAUUACUAUCGAGAAUAGGUCAAAGAAAGAUUUGAUUCAAAUGUUAGUCCAGAGAGGUUAUGAAUCUGACCCAGUGAAAGCCUGGAAGGAAGCACAAGAAAAGGCAACAGAAGAAGAAGAAACACAAAACCAGCAUGAUGAUGGUUCCUCUGACUCAGGAACUCCUACAGGCCCUGAUUUUAAUUACAUUUUAAACAUGUCUCUGUGGUCUCUCACUAAAGAAAAAGUUGAUGAGCUGAUUAAACAGAGAGAUGCAAAAGGGCGAGAGGUCAGUGAUGUUAAACGGAAAUCUCCCUCAGACCUUUGGAAAGAGGACUUAGCGGCGUUUGUUGAAGAGCUGGAUAAAGUGGAAGCCCAGGAGCGCGAAGAUAUUCUGGCUGGGAUGUCUGGAAAAGCAAUAAAAGGCAAAGUUGGCAAACCGAAAGUGAAGAAGCUUCAGCUGGAGGAGACGAUGCCGUCGCCUUACGGCAGGAGAAUAGUUCCCGAGAUUACGGCGAUGAAGGCCGAUGCCAGCAAAAAGUUGCUGAAGAAGAAGAAGGGUGAUCCUGAUACCCCAGCCGUGAAAGUGGAAUUUGAUGAAGAAUUCAGUGGAACACCAGUAGAAGGGGCAGGAGAAGAGGGGUUGACCCCAUCAGCUCCUCCCAGUAAAGGCCCCAAACCCAAAAGAGAGAAGAAGGAGCCUGGUACCAGGGUCAGAAAAACGCCUACAUCUGCUGGUAAAUCCAGUACCAAGAAAGUGAAGAAACGAAAUCCUUGGUCAGAUGAUGAAUCCAAGUCAGAAAGUGACUUGGAAGAAACCGAGCCUGUGGUGAUUCCGAGAGAUUCUCUGCUGAGGAGAGCAGCUGCGGAAAGACCGAAAUACACGUUCGAUUUCUCAGAAGAGGAGGAUGAUGAUGGUGAUGACGACGAUGACAAUGAUUUAGAAGAAUUGAAAGUUAAAGCGUCUCCUGUAGCAAACGACGGAGAUGAUGAAUUUGUUCCUUCGGACGGCUUGGACAAAGAUGAAUACACAUUCUCACCAGGCAAAUCCAGAGCUGCCCCGGAGAAGUCUUCGCAUGACAAAAAAAGCCAGGAUUUUGGAAAUCUUUUCUCGUUUCCUUCCUACUCUCGGAAGUCAGAAGACGAUUCAGCUAAAUUUGACAGCAAUGAAGAAGAUUCUGCUUCUGUUUUUUCACCAUCAUUUGGUUUGAAACAAAUGGAUAAAGUUCCAAAUAAAACAGCAGCUGCUAAAAAGGGAAAACCAACCUCAGAUACAGUCCCUAAGCCCAAGAGGACUCCUAAGCAGAAGAAAGUGGAGACCAUCAAUUCGGACUCGGAUUCAGAAUUUGGCGUUCCAAAGAAGACCGCAACACCCAAAGGGAAAGGUCGAGGGGCGAAGAAAAGGAAAGCGUCUGGCUCCGAGAAUGAAGGUGAUUACAAUCCGGGGAGGAAGGUGUCCAAAACAACAAGCAGCCAGAAACCGAAGAAAAGCUCUUUCGAUCAGGACUCGGAUGUGGACACCUUCCCCUCAGACUUUGCUUCCGAGCCGCCUUCUCUGCCGCGAACCGGUAGGGCCAGAAAAGAAGUGAAAUAUUUUGCAGAGUCUGACGAUGAGGAAGAUGUUGAUUUUGCAAUGUUUAAUUAA